AUGGAUAAAUCGAAAGUCAAGUCUAUCCUCCCUAAACCUUCUCCGUUGAGCCUGCCCUCGCCCAUAAUGAUCAAAUCAGAAUCGGCUGGCGCUCCAGCUGCAAACACGAACAAGAGAAGAAGCUUGACGUCGGCACCUACGCAAAAUUCCGAUCUUAAGCGGAAGCGGGCCAAGUCUGCGGUAAACCCGUCGAUCAUGUCGUACAUGGAAGGACAGGAUGAUGAUAGUAUGAACAAGACCACGGGACAUCGGCCGGUAACCUCGUGCACCUUCUGUAGGCAACACAAGAUCAAGUGCAAUGCUUCGGAUAACUAUCCGAACCCAUGUGCCAGGUGUGAAAAGAUGGAGUUGAAGUGUGAGAUCGACCCAAAGUUUAGACCAAAGAAGGGCUCGCAGAUCCAAACGUUAAAGAACGAUGUGGACGAGUUGAAGGCUAAGAUUGAGAUGCUUACCAAGAACGAGACCUUGUUGACUCAAGCUUUGAACCAGCAUAACUUGAACUUCUUACAACAGCAGCAGCAACAUUCCAACUUCAGCAUGUCGCCUCAAUUGCAACCAACCACUACAUCUGUUACCGGUGGUGGUGCUGGCUCAUUAUCUUCAUAUCACAACACUCCUGUACAAAGACCUUCCAACAACUUGCAAUCGCCAAGACAUAUACAGUUGGAUAACCCUACUCCAACCACCAGCACUAGCUCACAAUUGCCUGAGGCUGUGCACACAACUUUAGUAAAUACGCCGGGUCAGCUGCCAGCAGGCUCCUCCUCCCACCACACAACAAAGCGCAUCAGCCAUGCCACUCAGAUCUCACAACCACUCAUUCACUCCGAGCAACAUACUUCAUCCUUAACUUACACUGUGAUAUCCGAGUUUGUGCUCGGCACAGUUCACCUUUCCCUUGAAAAGGCAGACGAGCUUCACGAAAGAUUCAUAACAAAGCAUUUACCAUUCUUCCCCAUUUUUGAAUCGAAGUCCGCUACGGAACUCUACCAUAAAUCUCAACUCUUGUUUUGGUCUGUCAUGUUGACAUCGGCAUUGUCAGAGCCUGAACCUACCCUUUAUAUGUCGUUAGCGCUGUUGAUUAAGCAAUUGGCCAUCGAAACUUGUUGGAUACACACUCCAAGGUCCACCCAUGUGAUUCAAGCUUUGAUUAUAUUGUCUUUAUGGCCAUUGCCUAAUGAAAAGAUCUUGGACGAUUGCUCAUACAGGUUUAUAGGAUUGGCUAAAAAAUUAUCGUUACAAUUGGGUCUUCACAGAGGUGGUGAAUUCAUUCAAGAAUUCAGUAGAACUCAAGUCAGUUUGGGACCAGACGCUGAAUAUUGGAGAACUAGAUCAUGGUUGGCAGUCUUCUUCUGCGAGCAGUUUUGGUCCUCGGUAUUAGGGUUGCCCCCCUCAAUCAACACUACCGAUUAUCUUAUAGAGAACGCCAGAGUUGAUACUACCUUGCCCAACAACUUCAGAUGCUUAAUAUCGUUGUCUAUAUUCCAGUGUAAAUUGGUUAACGUAAUGGGUGUUUCAGUGACUAGCCCUGAUGGAUUGCUUGAGCCUCUGAACAGAGCAGGAUCAUUAAACAUUUUGGAUCGCGAAUUGGAGAGAUUAAGAUAUAAAUUGCCUAUUGAUGAUGGGUCCUCCAUUGAAGUCUACUUCCUCUAUGUUAAAUUGAUGAUUUGCUGCUUUGCAUUUUUGCCAGGGACACCUAUUGAAGAUCAAGUUAAAUACGUUAGUAGCGCCUACAUGGCAGCCACUAGAAUCAUCACUAUAACAUCACAAAUGAUCAAUAAUAACACGGUAUUGUUGAUUGAAUUGCCCAUAUAUGUUAGGCAAGCUAUCACGUAUUCCGUGCUAUUACUUUUCAAACUCCAACUUUCAAGGUAUUUAAUUGAUAAGUAUGUUGACAGUGCAAGACAGCUGAUUGUCACCGUUCAUAGGUUACUCAGAAAUACAUUAUCUUCAUGGAAGGAUUUACAAAAUGAUAUUUCGAGAACUGCUAGAUUAUUGGAGAACUUGAAUAUUGUAUUACUAUCGUAUCCAGAUAUAUUCACUGCCAAUAUAAGCAGCGAAAAUAACAGUGGUGGGUCUAUUAUUUCAAGAAUGAGAUCUCAUUUAACUGCAUCAUUGUUUUAUGACUUGGUGUGGUGUGUACAUGAGGCUAGAAGACGUAACUUGGAAAAUAAAAAUAACGGUGGGAACAGGCAAUCACAAAAUGACAAUAGCUCUGAGGAAUCUGAGCAGCACUUUAAUUACAGGAAACCAGUACCUCUCCCAUUUUAUAAUCAAAUCACCAAGGACGAUUUCAAAACAAUCAUUACCACUACGCCAAACGGUACCACGGUUACUACGUUAGUACCAACUGACGAGGCUUUAAAUCAGGCAAGACUGAAUGCCAAUGCAAAGGGUCUGAAAGAGCCCUUGGAAAUCAAUGGUAUUCCUUUAUCAAUGUUGGAUGCUACUGGAAGUAUGAUUGACCAUAAUCAAAAUGGAAAGAAUGGUAAUCAGAACUUCGUGAAUGCUAACAACAAUACUGGUAACAACAACAAUAACAACAGUAACAACAACAACAACAAUAUCACUGAUAUGAGUGGCUCGAUGAUGUCCAAUUCGAGGUCAUUUUUGGAUGACAAACCACAGCAAAUCACAAGUCAGACUGCAGCGCAAUUCCCAUCCUUUGGAACUGGAGCUCUGCCGUUAUUUAUUCCGGAUCUUGGCCAACAGAGCCCAAUUCCCCUGCAGAUGCAGCCACCAUUGCACCAACAAGCAUUACCUGACUUUCCAGGUACAGGACAAACCCCCUUACCAUUACCUUAUGACGUGCGGUCAGUGCCACCUACUACAGGUGUGACAGAUCAGAUAGCUACAUUUUUACAGCAACAGUCGAAUGGAUGGCUUAAUAAUGAGAAUUACGAAGAUGAUGACUUUUUAGGAUGGUUCGAUAUGAACCUAGAGCAAAAAGACUGA